UUGUGGUACAACUAAAUGGAAACUUCUUCCAAUAUGAACGAGGGAGCCAUGCUUGUUCUCUUCCGGGCAAGCCCUUUCUGACGGGAAGCAGGAAGAGCUCUGGUGCGGACUUCCCAGAUUCUUUCGAUCGACCGGCAUAUCAUCUCUCACCAUCGCAGAGGAAAUUUGGUUUUGGUCCUGAAAAUUUUGGUGCCGCCAGCCAGCAUCAUAUUUGCAAGAAGUUUUGUCCAAAUUUCUGGCAUCCUCUUGAGAAAGUUGACAUUCUAUCCAUCAAGAAGGAUUUGGCAAAGAGUGGUCCACUGAAUUCCUCAUUCUUCAAAUUAUUAGCGUAAAACAAUGGUUUCUAGUGGCAACGAGGAUAGCACAGAAGAAGUCCAUGAUGGAUUAGAAUCUGGAACAGCACCAAGACUCCCCAAGCUAAGGGAAUACCGCAUUAGGAUCCCAUCACUUGAUGCAGGACCACUGGAUGAGGGAACACGCAGCAGGAGGCUUCUGGACUUUCUGAAAGCUCGUCCCUCCGUCGAGUGGUUUAAGAAUCUCAAAUUCUACUCCCCCUUCGCAAUUUUCCGGCGAGCUGUAAAUAAAAGAGAAGAAAUCUCAAUUUCAAUUCCUUCUCCAGUUGGCAACCGACGCCGUUUCUAUAUCCACUUCAUCAGGAAGAUCAACUGGGCUUCUCUCAUUCAUAUCUGCAAGGAAUGGUUGAAGAAUCCACUGAAUGUUGCUCUUCUUCUCUGGUUUCUCUGUGUUGCUGUCUCUGGUUGCAUGCUGGGUUUGCUCCUGCUUGGGCUCUUGAACAAGGCCUUCCCUACAACAUCAUCUAGAAAUCAUUGGAUUGAGAUCAACAACCAAGUCCUUAACGCACUCUUCACACUCAUGAGUAUUUACCAGCAUCCGAAUCUCUUCCAUCACUUCUUUCUACUCUGCCGAUGGAGAUCAGAAGACAUCAUUGAGCUCAGAAAGAUAUACUGCAAGAAUGGAGCUUACCGGCCUAAAGAAUGGGCUCAUAUGAUGGUUGUUGUGGUCCUCCUCCAUAUCACUUGUUUUUCGCAGUACACCUUGUGCGGUCUCUACUGGGGAUACUCCAGAAAGCAGCGACCUGAGUUUGCCGAGAACUUCUUCUUUGCUUUGGGGAUUGCUGCACCAGUCUUUGCUGGUCUGUACACAAUUUACAGUCCUCUUGGGAGGGAAUACAAUUCUGAAUCCGAGUCUGAUGAAGAGUCCCAGGCUAAGGUUUCUGGUGCUGAUCCUAACCAAUCUAAUAAGGUUGGUCUUAGGCUAUACGAAAGGAGAAUAGUGAUAAGUCAACCAGAAUGGGUCGGCGGGCUGUUCGAUUGCGGCGACGACGUUACCGUCGGCUACCUCUCUUUCUUCUGCACCUUCUGUGUCUUUGGAUGGAACAUGGAAAGGCUUGGGUUUGGGAACAUGUAUACUCACAUCUUUACUUUCCUUCUGCUGUGUGUAGCUCCCUUCUGGAUUUUUAGCAUCUCUGCCCUCAACAUUCACGAUAUUGUAAUUGGCGAUACGGUGGGGAUUGCAGGGAUACUUCUAUGCGCGUUUGGUCUGAUCUAUGGUGGUUAUUGGAGAAUCCAGAUGAGGAAGAAAUUCAAAUUUCCAGGUAAUACCUUGUGCUGUGGCUCUGCUUCGAUGACUGAUUACAUGCAGUGGAUGUUCUGCUGGGCUUGUUCCCUGGCUCAGGAGGUGCGAACUGGGAACUUCUAUGAGAUCGAGGAUGACAGCCUCUACAGGAAGCUUUUGGAUGCUGAUGAAGAAAGCCGGUCUCAUGAUGGUGGAUCGAGCCCAGAGAUUGCAUCCGAUUGUAGCUCCCCUCUUCCAACCUCUUGUACAGCUGAGUCACCAACUUCUACUACGAGAAGAGGAGUGGAAUGUAGCAGUCCAGAUGAUCAGUCAUUUGGAAGAAGGCAAGAGAGCUCUUUGUUGACUCUUCAUGAUGUAAUGACUCCGCCUGUUCAGCCAUUGAUGGAGUCUCAAUACAGAGCUAGCGAUGAUGAUGCAACCACACCAUCACCGGCUUCACCAUCCAUAUUACGUACAGAAGAUAAAACACCGCCUCCAAUUUAAAAUGUGAAGUUUUAUGAGUUUGUAAAGAUUGUGCAACGUUUGUACCAAAAAAAAAAAAAGAUUGUGCAACGUUGCUUUACCAUAACUUGUUCAGCAGUGUGCACAGAGAACACUGCUCUUAUUCAUCAGAGCAAGUUGUUUCAAUUUUUAAUGAAAAUUCAUUCAUGAUAUCUUAAUGACAAAAAGGAUGGCUUGGUAUA